UUCAGAUUCCUCGACGUCAUGUGGUCCAGGGAUGUUCGCUUGCCCCGAGGGGAAGUGCAUAUCCAGCCUUUUAGUUUGUAAUUAUCAGAAAGACUGUGAAAAAGGAGAAGAUGAGUUUCAGAAUUGUCCGGCUCCAGAUUGCGAACCAGGCCAGCAGUCGUGCGGUCAGUACGUCUGGAACAAGACAUACUGUAUACCGCCUCAUUACAGGUGUGACAUGACGGUAGACUGUGUGGAUGGCACCGACGAAGCUGAGUGCUUGUUCCGGACGUGCCAGCCAGGUGAUUUUUACUGUACAAUGAGUAACAACCACAGUAAACCGUUCUGCAUACCAAAAGAGAAACGAUGUGACGGUUACAUCGACUGCAGAAACGGUCGGGAUGAAGAAGGCUGCUUUUCGCCACCAACACUCUCUUGUACCUUGGAUAAAUUCAGGUGUGCUAAAGGACACAGGUGUAUUGAUGCCUCUGCUAAAUGUAACCAUCGGAAUGACUGUGGUGAUAACAGUGACGAAGAAAAUUGCAACUUUCCUCCUUGCCAUGUUGGACAAUUCCGGUGCACGAAUGCCAUCUGUAUACCAUUGUCGUACCACUGUGAUGGAUACAGAGACUGUUUAGAUGGUAGUGACGAAGCAAAUUGUACAGCGAUAGCAUGUCCAGAAAACAAAUUUCUUUGCCCGAAGGGAGCUUCCCAGGGUAGGCCCAAGUGCAUUUCCAGAUCUCAGCUCUGCGAUGGAAAGAAAGAUUGUGAAGAUUCUGCAGAUGAAGAAGCCGCUUGCUCUACCAGUAAUUGUAAUACUUUAAGCUGUGAAUAUAAGUGCCAAGCUUCCUUGAACGGUGGUACCUGUUAUUGUCCAGAAGGGAAGAAGAUCGCUAACGAUUCAAGAACUUGCAUAGACAGUAAUGAAUGUGAAGAAUGGGGUUUUUGUUCUCAAAAAUGCACCAACUUGGACGGCAGCUAUUCUUGUCAAUGUUAUUCAGGUUAUGAACUCAGUGGAAAUUCAAGAUGUGUAGCUAUAGACAAUUCCACUUUACAAAUAUAUUUUGCACAUGACAAAUCAGUUUUGAAAAUAGACGGACCUGAUUUAAGUAAUGUUCAGCUAGUAGCAAACACUACUGCUGCCAGUGGUCUAGAUUUCAAUUAUGAAAAAAAUAUUUUAUAUUGGACUGAUACAAAAACGAAAAAGAUCUACUAUCAAACGCUCGUUGAAAGAUCGUCUGCUAUGAUGGUCGGUGGAGCUCAAGAAAUUUCAUUGCCUGGAACAUGGUCUCCAGUCUCAGUUGCUGUUGAUUGGGCUGGUGAGAAAAUUUAUGUUGUGGACGCUAUAGGACAGAAAAUAGAUUUGUUCGAAUGGAACGGUAGAUAUCAUGUCAUCGUUCUCUCUUCUAAUCUCACUUCACCAACUGAUAUUGCCCUCGACUCCAAAGUUGGAUACAUGUUUAUUGCUGACAGCAACCAAGUAGUUCGUGCUAAUAUGGAUGGUUCAAGAGCUAAAGCUAUCGUUUACGAAGCAGCGUAUAAGGCAUCUGGAGUAACAGUUGAUAUCCUGGCAAGAAGAGUAUUUUGGUGCGAUUCUCUCCUUGAUUACAUUGAAACUGUCGACUAUGAUGGAAAUCAUAGAUUUUUAGUUUUACGAGGAACUUCAGUACCUGCACCAUCUAGAUUAGCAGUCUUUGAAAAUCGUGUAUAUUGGACUGAUAGCACAAAACAGGGAGUAAUGUCUGUCGAUAAAUAUGAUGGACAAAAUACCAUUCGUAUGGUGUACAAAAAUCGUGAAGUGAGAGAACCAAAAGCUGUAAAAAUUAUUCACCCUUUAAUUCAGAGUCAAGUUCAUAAUCCCUGUGGAAACAAUAACGGCAAAUGUCAACAUCUGUGUAUCGUAACUGCUGGAAGUCAAGGUCUCGGAAGUCUCGGCUACAGAUGUGCCUGUAACGUCGGGUGGAGAUUAAGAACUAAUUUACAAGACUGCGAGUUGGUCGAUGAAUUUCUUCUGUAUUCACAGCAAAGAUUCAUUAAAGGACGAGUAUUGGAUCCUGUUUUAGAAAACUUUAGUGACGCUAUCCUUCCUUAUGCUUCACGUCGAGCUCGCUUCGUCGGUCUCGACUUUGAUGCUAGAGAUGAUCAUAUAUAUUACUCCGAUGUUUUGCAAGAUGUUAUUUACAGAAUACACAGGAAUGGAACCGGAAAAGAAAUUGUUCUUGCUUCACAGAAUGAAGGAGUAGAAGGUUUAGCUGUCGAUUGGGCAGCAAAAAAUCUUUAUUACAUCGACAGCCGUAAAGGAACUUUAAAUGUCUUAAGUACACGAAACACAACAUAUAGAAGAACUCUCCUUACUAAUCUUAAACGCCCAAGAGCUAUCGUUGUUCACCCAAAUAAAGGGUAUAUAUUCUUCUCGGAAUGGGAUCGUCCAGCUAACAUCAGCCGAGCAUUUACUGAUGGUUCCAACUUGAUUGUGUUCAGAAACGUGACUUUAGGAUGGCCGAACGGUUUGUCCGUCGACUUCUCUAGAAACAGAUUGUACUGGUGUGACGCUCUCCUUGACCAUGUACAGCAUUCGAACUUGGAUGGGACAGAUGUCAUCACAGUUAGUUCUGGACUUAUAAGGCAUCCAUUUUCAAUCGUUAUUCACAAUGAAUGGAUGUAUAUUACUGAUUGGCGAUUGGAUGCAAUUAUUCGUAUGGAUAAAUUAACUGGUGGAAGGGAACAAACAAUUGUUAGAGAAGGCCAGACGAACCGUUUAUACGGUGUCAAAAUCUACAGUGAAAAAGAGCAAGCAAUGCUUCCUUUUCAUCCUUGCUCAGUCAAUAAUGGUGAUUGCCAUAAGAUGUGUUUUGCGAUACCGCCUCCUCACAAAAUUUCUAAUCCAAAAGAUGAUAUAGGUUUGAAGGUUCAAUGUGGUUGUCCAUACGGAGAGAAGCUGGCCGAAGAUGAAAAGACGUGCAUUACAGAUCCGAAUGCUGAACCACCAGUCACAGCAUGUCCGAAUAAGUGGGAUUUCACCUGCAAUAAUCAGCGUUGUGUACCGAAGGCAUGGGUAUGUGAUGGAGAUGAUGACUGUCUUGAUAAUUCAGAUGAAGAACAGAACUGCACAAAACCAACUUGUGCUCCAUCAGACUUCCAGUGCGCUUCAGGAAGAUGUAUAUCUCACACAUUUAGAUGUGACUCAGAAAACGACUGUGGUGAUUAUUCUGAUGAAACAGGCUGCGUUAAUGUCACAUGUACAUCAUCACAAUUUUUAUGCGAUAAUGGAAGAUGUAUUCCUGCCACUUGGAAAUGCGAUUCUGAAAAUGAUUGUGGUGAUAGUACUGAUGAAGGAGAAUUCUGUGCAGAGAAAACAUGUGCUUAUUUUCAGUUCACAUGCCAAAGAUCAGGGCAUUGUAUUCCUCAAUCUUGGGUUUGCGAUGGCGAUAAUGACUGUUUCGACAACCAAGACGAACACGGUUGUCCUCCUAUUACCUGCUCUGCGACGCAAUUCAAAUGUGCUGAUUUACGCCAGUGUAUUCAGGAAACUUAUAAAUGUGAUGGAAUCCUUGAUUGUAAUGAUGGCAGUGAUGAGUUAGGCUGUCCUACUUUGGCACCGAAUCAGUGUGAUACCGAGAAACAAUUCAAAUGCGAAAAAUCAGGAAUAUGUAUCCCAAAAGCUUGGCAUUGUGACGGCACUCCUGACUGUGAUGAUGAAUCUGAUGAGCCUUCAACUUGUGGUCAGGUUGCCUGCCAGACUGGUUACUACAAAUGUAAUAAUUCUCAAUGCAUUUUUAAAGCGUAUAUAUGCGAUGGAAGAGAUGAUUGUGGUGACGGUUCCGAUGAGGAUUCAAGGCAUGCUUGUGGACCUCCUCCUUUUAGGUGUCCACAUGGUCAAUGGCAAUGUCCAGGAAUUUCAGAAAGAUGUGUGAAUAACUCUCUUGUGUGUAACGGUGAACCAGAUUGUCCCAACGGUGCUGAUGAAGGCCCCAAUUGUUUUGUUAACGAGUGCGAAUUCCAUACGUGCAGUAAUGGAUGUAUGGAUACACCUGCAGGGAUGCAGUGCACGUGUCCACCUGGGGAAGUCUUGUCAAAUGAUUCUUUAACAUGUACAGAUCUUGACGAAUGUAUGCCUCCAGGAAUUUGCUCUCAGACUUGCACGAACACAAAGGGAAGCUAUGCUUGCUCUUGUGUCGAGGGUUACCGACUCGAAAUUGAUAAUCACACUUGCAAAGCAAUCAAUCAUACUGCCGCAUUCCUUAUAAUAUCGAACCGCCACUCUAUAUUGGUUGCUGAUUUGAAAGAUCAAGGUUUAGAAAGAGUUCCUAUCAUUGUCGAAAACGUUGUGGCUACUGCCAGUAACAUGCAUAACGGUACAAUAUUUUGGUCAGAUAUGAAGUUGAAAAAAAUUUCUCGUUUAGACAAAGGAAGCGAACCCCAAGAUGUGAUAUUCUCUGGUUUAGAUCUAGUAGAAGGUCUGGCUUACGAUUGGAUUGGUGGUAAUGUAUAUUGGUUGGAUUCAAGACUUAACACAAUAGAAGUAGCAACUGAAUAUGGAGCAAACAGAGUCGUUCUCUUGAAAGAAAACAUUACUCAACCAAGAGGAAUGAUGUUAGACCCAAGCCCUGGUGCAAGAUGGUUGUUCUGGACUGAUUGGGGAGAAAAUCCAAGGAUAGAACGUGUUGGAAUGGAUGGAUAUAAUCGUAGCACAAUCAUAAGUACAAAAAUUUAUUGGCCGAACGGAUUGACCUUGGAUAUCACCACAAAACGAGUUUACUUCGCAGAUUCGAAGUUAGAUUUCAUCGAUUUCUGUAAUUACGAUGGUUCUGGAAGGCAACAGGUUGUUGCUGGAAGUCAUUAUCUCUUACAUCCUCAUUCCAUCACGCUUUUCGAAGAUACCAUCUAUUGGACUGAUCGCCAACUCAAUAGGGUUUUAUCAGCUCACAAGUACCGAGGAAAAAACCAAACUGUAGUUUCCCAUUUAAUAUCUCAACCCCUCAGCAUUCAUGUUCAUCAUAGCUCACUUCAGCCUCAAUAUCCGAACCCCUGCGAAGCGGCACCUUGUUCGCAGCUUUGUCUUCUUUCACCUUCAAAACCUAAAGGAUACCGCUGCUUAUGUAAACCAGGAAACAAGUUGGUAGAUGAAGAAAAAUGUGUUGAAGAAGAAACAGCUCUUCUUCUCGUUAUGAAGGGAGCUCAGAUCGUUGACGUAUCUGUAACUCCAGGCGAUAGAACAAGCGGAUUCUUGGUUCCUAUAGUCGGUAUCAAUGUUGGAUUACAAGUGGAAUAUGACAGGAAAUCUGAAAUAGUAUUCUGGGUAGAAGCCAAAGAAGAGGAAAGUGAAAAUUGCACAAUCUUUUCAACACCAGUACGUGGAGGAAACAGAACCGAGUUUUUGACUGCUGACAGUGGUUUGGUUGGUUCUCCUUAUACCAUAGCUUUCGACUGGCUGGGUAGAAAUCUCUACAUGGGAAAUAGGCUUGCUUCAAAUUUUGAAGUUGUGAAAGUUGAUGGGAAAGUCAAGCACAGAGCUAUAAUUCUAGCCAAUAACGGAAAUGAAACAUCUGUUGCCAAACCUCGUUCUAUGUGUCUCGAUCCUAGUCAAGGUAAACUUUUCUGGGUUGAUGAAGGAGGUUACGGAGUUCCUCAAAAAAUCGGUAGAGUUAAUAUGGAUGGAUCUAAUCCCAUUAUACUGUUGAAAAAUUUGGAACGCCCUCUGGCUAUAACUAUAGAUUUGGAAACUAAACUUCUGUAUUAUUCAACUGAAUACCCUUCAAUGAUUGGAGUCAUUGAUUCUGAUGGUGGUAGGCAGAGGACUUUGGUCAGUGAAGAUAUGCAUACCAUCGCUUAUCCAAAAGCUCUUGCCGUCCACAAUAAAAUGCUCUACCUCAUGGACCCGAGAUAUGAUAAACUUGAAAGAAUCGACUUGGAAACCGGAAAAAAUCCUCAACUAAUUAUGGAUAAUGAACCCGACCUUAAAACAUUUACAAUUUUCAAGAAGAGGCCAAUGACGAAUCAUCCUUGUAUAAUGAAUAAUGGUGGUUGCGACCAAAUCUGUAUCCCUGCCGAAAAUAGUGGACAUGUCUGUAAGUGCUCCAUUGGUUAUAAGAAAGAUGACACUGGUGCCUGUAUCAGUUAUAAGACAUUUGCUGUCGUCUCUCAACUCGAUAUUAUCCGAGGAUAUAGUCUUGAUGAUUCUAGUGAAGCAAUUGUUCCUAUAUCAGGAAUCGGCCAUCACAUUUUACAUGUUGAUGUCCACUAUGCUGAAAAAUGGAUUUAUUGGGUUGACUUCAACCGUGGGCCUUGGAAUGGAAUAUUCCGAAUCCAGCCGAAUGGUACAAGGCUCGAACACAUUGUUAAAGACGGAAUCGGUUCUAAUGGUAUUCGCGGCCUUGCCAUCGACUGGGUUGCUGGAAAUCUUUAUUUUGCUAAUGUUUUCCCUCAUGAAAAUUUCAUCGAAGUUUGCUGGCUGGAUGGAUCAAACAGGAAGGUUUUGCAGAAAGGUCUUAUUGAUGCACCCAAAGAGCUUGCAGUAAAUCCUAUAAAGAGGUUGCUCUAUUGGAUUGAUUACGGCCAAUAUCCCAGGAUAGUAAAAGCUUACCUAGAUGGCUCUAAUUCUUCUCCAAUUGUCUCGUCAGGAAUUAGUACACCGAGAGAUCUUACGAUUGAUAUGAUGACACAUGAUGUUUAUUGGGUCGAUGCCAGAUUAGACAUGAUACAAAAGGUUUCCUCCAGUGGUGGUAACAGACAGAUUAUUCGUCGUAACCUUCCGAAUCCCAUGGGCAUCGCUGUUUACAUGGGAUCAGUUUAUUGGGUGGACAGAAAUCUACAAACAGUUUUCAAAGCUUCAAAACUCCCCGGUAAUACAUCGCAGCCGAUACCUGUUCGGAAGGGUCUGCACCGUUUAAGAGAUAUUGCGAUUUACGACAUCAACAACCAACCCCCAGAUGAUAACAAUCCAUGCAAAAAACUAGGUAAUGGAGGUUGUCGACAAUUGUGCUUCUCUUACCCUGCUGAUUAUUCCCUGAAUGCAUUCAGAUAUCGAUGUGACUGUUCAACUGGAAUGCUAGUAGAUGGUACAAGGUGUGAAAAUACCUUAGACUACGUUGUAUUCUCUACAAGAACUGAAAUAAGAUCUAUUUAUCUUGAUCCGAAGUCUACAAAUGUGCCAUUCAAGCCUGUUGGAAAUCUUACAAAUGUGGUUGGAGUCGAAUUUGAUCGUGCCGACAAGAAGCUGUUCUAUACCCAGAUAAGACCUUUUGCCAAAAUCGCCUCUGUGCCCUCCGAUAACCCAGGAGCUCUGAGCACAACUCUCAUAACCAGAGGCAUCAAUCCCGAAGGUAUCGCUUACGAUUGGACCCAGAAAAAGAUUUACUGGACAGAUUCGUCAAAUAAUUCUAUUUAUGCAAUGAACUUGGAUGGAUCCGAUCUUGUAAUGAUCACUAGAGUUGAAAGGCCAAGAGCAAUUGUAGUCGAUCCUUGCAAUGGAACUCUUUAUUAUACUGAUUGGGGAAGAUUCGGAACAUCUGGAAAGAUAUUCAGGACAACUAUGGCUGGCUCUUUGAAACGAGCUAUAAUUGACCGAGAUCUCUCUCAGCCUAGUGGCCUUGCCCUCGACUACGAAGACAAGAAGCUGUAUUGGACAGAUGCGGUCAGAGAAAAAAUUGAAAGAAUAAACUUAGACAACGGUCCGCCUAAAAGAGAAGUUCUUAUAUCUGCUACGAUUUACCCAUUCGCCAUUACUGUUCUCGACGAUUAUAUCUAUUGGACUGAUCUUCAGCUGAGAGGAGUUUACAGAGCUGAAAAGCAUACAGGUGCUAAUAUGGUAGAGCUUGUCAAGCGAUUAGAUGAUUCGCCGAGAGACAUCCAGGUAUUUUCCCCUAAAAGACAGACCUGCAAUGUCAAUCCAUGCCACAUAAAUAAUGGAGGUUGUGCCAAGAGCUGCCACCCUGGUCUCCAUGGAAAGGCUGAAUGCAAGUGUGAUGAUAAUACAAAGCUGGUUAAUGAUGGACGGAUGUGUGUUGCGAAAAAUCUUACAUGCGAAGGAAACAAAUUUGUCUGUGCAAACGGUAAAUGUAUUUCGAGAAUGUGGGCUUGCGAUGGAGAUGAUGAUUGUGGUGAUAACAGUGAUGAAGACUUUAAAUUCUGUGCUUUCCAUUCUUGUAGUCCAAAUGAAUUCCGAUGUGCAAACGGACGUUGUAUAUUCAAAUCCUGGAAAUGUGAUCAUGAAAAUGAUUGUAAGGAUGGAUCAGAUGAAAUUGAUUGCGAUUAUCCAAAAUGUGCUGAAGGAGAGUUCACCUGUUUGAACCAGAGAUGUAUCCCUAUGGCACAGGUUUGCAAUGGUGUUAAUGACUGUAAAGACAAUGGUACCUCUGAUGAAACUCACGAUAGGUGUCCAAAGAACACAACAUGUCCGACUGGCCACCUGAAAUGCCAAAACACCAACAUAUGCGUGGAACCUUAUUGGCUCUGUGAUGGUGAUAACGAUUGUGGGGACAACAGUGAUGAAGAUUCGUUCCACUGCGCUAAAACGACUUGUCCACAAAAUAGCUUCAGGUGUCCUAAUCACCGUUGUAUCCCAGCAACUUGGUAUUGCGAUGGAGAUGACGAUUGUGGUGAUGGCUCUGAUGAACCACCAGAAUACUGCAAAAGCGAAGGUCGCACUUGCUUCGGUGACUUGUUUACUUGUGAUAAUGGCAACUGCAUUCCGAGAAUAUAUAUUUGUGAUGGUGACAAUGAUUGUUUGGACAAUUCAGAUGAAGAUUCUAGACAUCAGUGUCAUGACAGGAAAUGUGAUGAAGAGACAGAGUUCACUUGCCAAAGCAACAAGGCCUGGGGAAGGGCUCAAUGCAUCCCGAGGAAAUGGCUGUGCGAUGGAGAUCCCGAUUGUGUUGACGGAGCUGAUGAAAAUGCUACUGCUCUCCAUUGUCCUCCUCAACCUUCUUGCGAGCCCGACCAGUUCACUUGCGGCAAUGGAAGGUGUAUUAAUAAGGGCUGGACUUGUGAUCACGAUAACGACUGCGGUGAUGGCACUGAUGAAGGAAAGGAAUGCCAUUCUGUUUACAAAACUUGCUCACCACAAGAAUUUUCUUGUCAAAACUUUAAAUGCAUACGAAUGUCAUAUAAAUGUGAUGGAGAAGACGAUUGUGGUGAUAACUCGGACGAAUUUGAUUGCAAAAAAGAACAAACAACAUGCCCAACCGGUCAAUUUAAAUGUAACAACGGCCAAUGUAUUGACUACCAAAAGGUCUGUAACAAAGUGGCAGAUUGUACCGAUGAAUCUGAUGAACCUUUGCAUUGCAAUAUUGAUGAAUGUGCUAAAGUGGAAGUGAACCAAUGUGGUCAUAAAUGCGUUGACACUCUCACUGGCUACUAUUGUGAAUGCAAUCCUGGUUACAAACUCCUCGAUGAUGGAAAAGCUUGUGCUGACAUUGACGAAUGUACUGAACAAUUGGGUGUCUGUUCUCAAUAUUGUUCCAACACUCCUGGUUCUUAUUAUUGCAAAUGUGAUGAAACAUAUUAUGACAGAGCUUCUGACGAGCAUACAUGCAAAAGAAGAGACAGGAAUGUUCCAUGGAUUGUUUUCACAAAUAAAUAUUACAUUAGAAACAUGUCAUUGGAUGCGUCAUUGUACUCUCUGAUCCACCAAGAUUUGACUAAUGUAGUCGCUCUGGAUUAUGAUUACAAAGGAAAUACAAUUUACUUCUGUGAUGUUACUGCAAAGACUAUAUUCAGAACUGAGAUUGGUACAAAUGAAAAAGAACCAAUUAUUCGGCAUGACAGCCACGGUUUAGAAGGAUUAUCUGUUGAUUGGGUUGGAAGGAAGAUUUAUUGGUUGGACCGUCAUAGUAAACACUUAGAUGUAGCUGAAUUGGAUGGUACUAACAGAAAGACAUUGAAGGCUGGUAUUCAGGAUCCGAGAGCCAUUGCUGUACAUCCUGGCAUUGGCUAUCUAUUUUUCACUAGUUGGUACUUGCAGGCAUUUAUUGGAAAGAUGGGUAUGGAUGGAUCGAACAUGACUCGUAUAUUGACUCAUGAAGAUGGGUUGGCCUGGCCGAAUGCUCUCACUAUCGAUUUCUUUUCGGAUCGUAUUUAUUUCGCUGAUGCUCAUUUAGAUUACAUAGCUUCUGUCGACUUCGAAGGAAGGCACAAGCAUAUCGUUUUGAAAGGAGAUAAAGUACCACAUAUUUUUGCUAUAACAUUGUUUGAAGAUUAUAUUUAUUGGACUGAUUGGAAUCUUAAGGGAAUUUUAAGAGCCAACAAGUUCAAUGGACAUGAUUACAAAGUAUUAAGAAACACAACCCAUAGGCCUUACGAUGUUCAUGUUUAUCACCCAUUAAGACAGCAGGCAUAUCCUAAUCCUUGCGGAGGAGAUAAUGGUGGCUGUUCUCACCUGUGCUUGCUGUCACCUGUGCCCGGAGUGGACGCUUCGCCUGAUGGAUACGGCGAUGCUCAGAGCCCGGUAGACUUCAAAUGUGCCUGCCCUAAUCAGUUCAUACUGGGUUCUGACCAGAAGACCUGCAUAGCAAAUUGUACCAACGGGCAGCAUAGAUGCGGAGGAAACGAUGAUAGGUGUAUUCCCUGGUUCUGGAAAUGUGACGGAGAAAAGGAUUGUAAAGACGGUUCUGAUGAACCAGCGGAAUGUCCAAAACGAACUUGCAGAGCAGGAAUGUAUCAAUGUGAUAACGGCAUCUGUACCGCAUCAGCAACAAUUUGUGAUGGAAACAAUGAUUGCUCGGAUUGGUCUGAUGAAAAGUACUGCAAUUUGACUUGUCCUGAUUUAGAAUUUAAAUGUCGAUCAAAUGGAAGAUGUAUCCUCAAUGCUUGGGUAUGCGAUGGAGACCCAGACUGUAAAGAUGCUUCAGAUGAAGACCCUGCCCACUGUCAUACUAGAAAAUGUGAUAAUGAUACAGAGUUCACUUGUAAAAAUGGUAGAUGUAUUCCUAAGUUAUGGACCUGUGAUUUCGACAAUGACUGUGGUGAUGAUUCUGAUGAGCCCGCUUAUAUCUGCAGACAAAAGAAUUGCACUGAUGGAUGGCAACGUUGUCCUGGUCGAAGCAGUUACCGGUGUAUUCCAAAAUGGCUUCUCUGUGACGGAAAAGAUGAUUGCCGUGACAACAGUGACGAAGAUCCUGCCAACUGUCUUAAGUGUAACACAACUACUGAUUUCCAAUGUGCUAACAGUCGUUGUAUACCUAAGCGUUGGAUGUGCGAUUUUGAAAAUGACUGCGGAGACAACUCUGAUGAAACCGAAGCAUUGUGCAAAGGUUCUUAUAGGCCUUGCUCUGAAUCUGAAUUCAAGUGCGCCAACGGCCGUUGCAUACCUCAGCAUUACAGGUGCGAUCAUGAUGACGACUGUGUUGACGGCUCCGAUGAAGUGGGUUGCUCUAACUUCCAAUGCAAGAACGGAACGUUCCAAUGUGCCAGUGGCCACUGCAUCGCUUCCUAUUUCCGUUGUGAUGGAGAUAUUGAUUGCCGUGAUAUGAGUGAUGAAAUGGGAUGUCCACCUCUUCCGAACGGGCGAUACUGCAGAGAAACCAUGUUUGAAUGUGACAACCAUAUUUGUAUAUCUCACCAAGACAAGUGCGACGGAAUGGACGACUGUGGUGAUAAAUCAGAUGAAUCUCCAGAACUUUGUGCUCAUGUCCAAUCUUGCUUCGGCCGAGGACGUUAUCAAUGUGAAAACGGUCGAUGUAUUACAUUCGACGUCAUGUGUGAUGGUCAUGAUGACUGUGGGGAUGCUUCUGAUGAGAACAAUCAUUCCUUAUGUUAUUCACCACCUCGCCGACCCCAUUGCACACCUCAAGAGUUUGCUUGUGACAACGGUAAAUGUAUUCCUGAAGAUAAUGUUUGUGACUAUUCUGAUACGUGCGGUGACAAUUCAGAUGAGAUCGGCUGCCAUCAUGGAAGUUUGUGUCCUGGUGACGGAACAAUGGGUGGUUGUGAACAAUCCUGUAGAAACCUGACCAAGCAAGCAUUUAUCUGUGGUUGCCAUCGGGGAUAUUCCAUUGAUCCAGACAAUAGGAAGAAGUGCAUAGAUGUUGAUGAAUGUGCAAAUGGAGCCCACCAAUGUUCUCAUAAGUGUACCAACUUAAACGGCACCUAUGCUUGUUCUUGCAGUCCUGGUUUCUCGCUAUUGGAUACUAUUAGUGGUGUUUGUAAAGCUGAUGAUCCUAAGGUUUCUGUCAUAUUCUCGAAUGGAGAGGAGAUUAAAUCAUAUCAAGCACAUAUGCGACACGAAGUAGAUGUAAUUCGCAAUGAAAAACGCAUUGAAGCUCUCGAUUACAAUCUCAAAACUGAAAUGAUAUUUUGGGUUGACAGUUACGAAAAGAAGAUUAAAAGAAGUUAUAUGAUAGACGCUUUGGAAGGACGUGUUAAAGUUGGAUUCGCUCAAGAUCUAACUGUCAAAGGUAAUGCCAAACCAACAAGCAUUGCAGUAGAUUGGGUCGGUGGAAAUCUAUAUUGGGCCGAGACAGACCGAUCUGGUACUAAGCCUAAAGGGCGCAUAGUUGUAACAAAACAAGAUGGCCGAUACAGGCGCUCCUUAAUAGACAGCAACCUAGAAUAUCCAACAUCAAUAGCAGUUGAUCCACAAUACGGUCUAAUGUUUUGGUCAGAUGCAGGAGAUGAUCCAAAAAUAGAAGCUGCUUACCUAGAUGGCUCUAGGAGAAGAGCUUUGGUUACAGAAGGAAUACGUCACCCAGCCGGUCUCACCAUUGAUUAUGCAAGCGACAAUCACCCAAUUUAUUGGGUCGAUACUAAAAUGAAUUUGAUUGAAACGGUUCAUCAAGACGGAACCAAACGAGAAAUUAUUCUCAAAGGAGAUGCCCUAAAACAUCCAUUAUCCUUGGAUGUUUUCGAAAAUAAUCUAUACUGGGUCGCCAAAGAUUCUGGAGAGCUUAUAAAACAGGACAAAUUUGGUAGAGGAAUACCAGUAUCACUUGCCAAAAAUCUAGUUAAUCCAACCGAUGUUAAAGUUUAUCACAAAGCAAAAUACAAUUUGAGUAUCCCUAACCCAUGCGAGAAAAAGCCAUGUGAUCAUCUUUGCCUGCUACGGCCUCGUGGAGAUUAUUUGUGUACUUGUCCUGACAACACGAAAAUGAUACAAUCUGAAACGGAAACAAUAUGCGAUUCAGCUACUGAAGAGCCUCUUCCAUUACCAAGAGUGUGCCAUUGUCAGAACGGUGGUCUAUGUCAGGAAGAUGAUACAGGAGGCUUGAUUUGUUCAUGUCCUAACGAAUUCACCGGUAGUGCUUGUGAAGUUUACGUACAAAUGGUCCGUACGUCAGGUCCUUCGAUUGCACUAAUAGUUCCUCUCAUAGUACUGCUGGUCUUGGCAUCUGCUGGUGCAAUUUACUACGUGGUUAGGAAACGGCCUUUUGGAAAAGGACCAGUUUUGAGUAGUUUAACGAAUUCGCAGAGUGUUUCUUUCAGACAAGGAACAAAUGUAGAAUUUGGAUCUCCUGCAUUCAGUAGUAAUGGUCCAUCAAUACCGGAUGCAAUAGAUGUUGAAUAUAACCUGUCCGAUAUCAGCGGUAAGAAUAGAGACUUCAGUAACCCGAUGUAUGAUGCUCUUGGGAACCUAGAGGCCUCUCCCGCUGAAACCAACGGGACUGGGGGCCUAUAUGACGAUAUGAAGACUGGAAGGGCAGUUAUAGAGCCAUCCUCAGCUGUUUUAGCGCCCUCAGUAGUAAUGAGUAAGUCUCCUGGCAAGGGACGAGGUCGACACCGAGACCUGGAUCCUUCCGCAGACACAGGAAAAGAUACCCAGAAAUUGGUAGAAGAAGACAAGUCAGACUGUUGA